CUGCUGCCGCCCUCCUUUCUCAAACAAUGAGCGUCCCCUCCUCCUCUUUCUCCAUCUCCUCCUCCCCCCUUUUCUCUUUCUCUCUCUCUCUCCGCGAUUCGCAGUCCGGGAUUUGGAGUCAGUGGAAGCAGCAGGAGCCGUAGAGACACCGGCGAAGCAGGAACAGUAGUAAGCGCCUACCUGCCUUCCCGCCUGCCUGCCUUUGCCUCAGCAUGCCCACCCUUCAGCACCGAGGGCGAGCGGGGCUUGCCGCCAGCCCAGCAGCCACUUGGCAACAGCGAGGCCACCGGCAACAGCAGCAGCAGCUGGUUCUUUAACUGCGGCUCUCGCCCUCCUGUCACCUCGUCGGGGCACCGACCAUGAACUGACUGACGACCCGGGCUGCGGUGUGGCAUCGCCGCUCCCUUUUGCCCCUCCCUCCCGGUUUGACUUUCCUUUACCAGACCUUUAAGGUACAGAGGGAUUGGCAAAGACAUUGCCAUGAAACCUAACCUGAAGCAAUGGAAACAAGUAAUGCUGUUUGGAAUAUUUGCAUGGGGCCUCCUAUUCCUGGUGAUCUUCAUCUAUUUCACAGAUAGUAACACUGCUGAUGCAGUUCCCAGUUCUUUUUCUUACAUUGAGACUAAAAGGCUUUUGCCUAUUCAGGGCAAACAGAGAGCUAUCAUGGGAGCCAUUCAUGACCCAUCCUUUUCUGAAUCAGCAGUUGGGAAUGAAGUGCUGCUCAGUGACGAUGUCUUAGACUCAUUUAAAUCAGGAACUGGGAGCAUUAAAAAGUGGACUGACUUAGAGGAUGACUUUGAAAGCGAGGAAGAAUUUUUCCCUUCUCAAUUAAGAAGAAAAUCAAAAAGUGCUUUCUAUCAAAGGGAUAGUGAUUAUUUAUUUGCUGCUGGUCAGCCUCAGUCACAGAGCAGUGUUCAGCAAAUAGUGAAAUUAAUCUCUGCAGAGGGGGAGGAUCAGACGAGAAAGGCUUUUCAGAAUAAUUGGCUCUCUCAAAGGAAGAUAAAGAGAAGGCACACAAGACACAGAAGAAGCCAAAUGUUUGAAGAGUCUGAUGAGUGGGAUGGAAUAUAUUCUACAAUGUCAAAAUCGUUCCUGUACAGGCUUUGGAAAGGGGACGUCUCCUCCAAGAUGCUGAAUCCUCGCCUCCAGAAAGCAAUGAAAGAUUACCUGAAUACCAAUAAGCAUGGAGUGCGGUUUAGAGGGAAGAGAAACUCCAAGCUGACUUCUGAACAGCUCUUCUGUGAGCUGAAGGCACGGGUGAACAUCCGAACCAUUGAUGGCAAAGAAGCCCCCUUCUCUAUCCUUGGAUGGGAAAAGCAUGUGCCCCAGAUUUCUCUAAAUAAACUAUAUCCAAAUGGGUUUGGAAGCUGUGCUGUUGUGAUGUCUGCUGGUGCCAUACUGAACUCUUCUCUUGGGAAAGAAAUUGAUUCCCAUGAGGCAGUUCUACGAUUCAAUUCAGCUCCAACCCGAGGUUAUGAAAAAGAUGUUGGAAAUAAAACCACCAUGCGUAUUAUUAAUUCCCAGAUUCUUACCAAUCCAAACCAUCAUUUCAUUGAGAACUCCUUAUAUAAAGAUGUUAUCUUAGUAGCUUGGGAUCCUGCUCCCUAUUCUGCAAAUCUCAAUGUGUGGUUUAAGAAACCAGACUACAAUUUGUUUACUCCAUACGUACAACAUCGCAGAAAGAAUCCAAACCAACCAUUUUACAUUCUCCAUCCAAAAUUUAUAUGGCAGCUCUGGGAUAUCAUUCAAGAAAAUACCAAGGAAGAGAUACAACCCAACCCUCCUUCAUCAGGUUUCAUCGGAAUCCUCAUCAUGAUGUCAAUGUGCCAUGAAGUGCAUGUCUAUGAAUACAUUCCUUCAGUCCGACAGACUGAUCUUUGCCACUACCAUGAACUUUACUAUGAUGCAGCGUGUACCUUGGGGGCCUACCACCCACUGCUUUAUGAAAAACUGUUGGUGCAGAGGAUGAACAAAGGCUUCCAGGAUGAUCUGUACCGAAAAGGGAAAGUAAUUUUGCCAGGGUUCAGGUCAGUGAAGUGCCCUGGACACAAUCGGUUUCCAUAUACAUAAUGGUGAAUCUUUCUAAAACAAUGUGCAAUAAGGUGCUACUGUCAUACUGAUAACAAAAAAAGUACUUGAAAAUGUGUCCUAGACCAACCUAGUCUACAAUCUGUAAACUAUCAUUAACUAGAAGGCACAAAGGAAGUCCUUCCUUCUGAAGCCUCAUUAUUUAUUGCUUUGCAAACUGGUCUUUCUUCAGGCCUAACUUUUGUGAGAUGCAAAAUACAAGUGAAGGCAAACUAUAGUGAGUAUUUAUUUGCCCAUGGGAUCUGCCAAAAACACAUCAGACAACUAUGUCACAUGGGUCAGAUUCCUGUCCUUUAAACUCAGCCUUUUAAUGGCUACAUCCUUACACAAGUAAAUAAAAUCAUAUCCACCGACCAUUUUUCAUGCUAACCUAGGCUAUCUCUGCUUUUCUUAGGUUAAAAAAGUCCAUACGUAUCAAUAUCAGAUACUUACAGAACAUAAUGAGCCAUAUGCUUUUAAUUCAAGAUUUAUUUAGACUUACACUGAUCAUUGGAUUUGGCACCCUAAAUUUAAAAUGUUUGUGUUAGUUUCUUUUAAUGUGCAUAAUUUCUUGGGACACGCAAAUGAUCGCUAUGUAGAGAAAAGAAUAAGAAGGCAGUCUCUUCAGUGCCUCGGAAAAAGCAUAUUACAGUUUUUGGGUAUGUGAGAUAUGUUGGGGAAGGCAGAAUGGAGAUGUUUGCUGUCGUAUUUUGGAAACAGAAGAUUAUAUUUUUCCCAUUUCUUUUGUGUAUAUUUAGUGUUCAGCCCACUCCAAGACAAAGGUUCAUCUAAUUUGGAACAACUUCAUUUGUCAAUUUAAUAAUUCGGUUUGCCGGAAUGUGAUUUCUAGUAGUCAGCCAGAAGUAAAUUCAGCCAUGUAAAGUGUUCAUAGCACAGUGUAAUAUAGAGGCCCUCAAUUCAUGCAAGAUCUUGGCUCCACAUGGAUGAUACAAAUUAAUUUCAAGUUGCAAUUUUCUGCAAGUUCAGUGUAUUCAUGUCAAGGCUUUUUUACCCCAUUAAAGACAGCCCAUGAGAAUAUCAUUAGAACAGACACUGUGUUGUCAAAGGCUUUCACAAACUCUGAGGAUGCCUGCCAUAGAUGUGGGUGAAACAUCAGGAGAGAAUACUUCUGGAACAUGGCCAAACAGCCCGGAAAACAUACAACAACCCAGAACAGACAAUGACACACAAACAUCCAUGUUUUAAAAAAACAAGCAAAUAGAACGGCUUUUAAAGUGCUUUGUUGCCUGUAUGUUCAGUCUGGUUCUACGUAGAUGCAGUGCCCAAGCAAUUCAGCAUAGUCAUAACAGUUCCUUCUCCCUUCUAUAUCUCUGCCUAUGCCUAGCAUUUGAACAUUUACUACCUCUGAACAUUUCACUGGGACACUGUAUCUAAUUACCAUGGAUAUGUUAUCUGUGGAAUCUUUUCAGAGCAUUCGAUACAUUUUAUCUUGCCCAUUAUUUAAAACAUACAUUCUCUCAUUAUUAAAAAUGAAGAUAAUAAAAUCUAUAAUUUCAGAGUGAGUAAGGCUAGCCAUUCAAGUCUGCAUAGCAUACCAAAUGCACAUUCUUCUUUCUCCCAUAAACACUCUAAUGCAGCAUUUUAUAGCUUUACAGCUAAUGGCAUGUGUCAAAUCAGAAAAACCCUAGUAGGGGUGAAAAAUAUUUUUGUGCUUUUGGGUUGCUUAUCAAAAUUACGCAUUUUAUACCUCAUUUUAAAAUCAAUUUGUGAUUUUUCCCCCCAAAAAAAUCCAUGCAUCUAAAUCUAUAAGCCCUUUGGCAUAUAAGCCACAUGAUUCAUAUAAGUAUGAGAUCAUGCAUCUGUUUUUUAAAAAGGGGAAAUGCAUACUGAAUGUGUAGCCUAAGAAAAGUACAUUACAAAUGUAUCCAUUCCGUAAAAUCCAUACAGAUUUCCUUGUAGAAAGAAGAUGAAAAAAUCAGUCCCACAACUAAGGGAAUACAGGCAGAAUUUUUAGAGAAGCAACAAAAUUAAAAUUGAAUACCCCCUAAUAUGUAGUCCUCGUUGGCAAUCUCUGUAUCUCAUUGUUUAGGCGAAGCAUGCUGUUGUUUAGUAUUUUCAUCCAACUAGUUUCAAAGAGGCAGUUUUAACCUACAGACAUUCUGAAAAGGGUGGGUAACAUCCUAAGACUGGGGCUCUGUUGGGUCUCUGUGGCACUAUGGAGAGCCACAUCCCCCAUGUCCUAUCUCACCAUCUAAAAAUGGCAUAUCUUGUAUUUGGGUACUGUCUAAUGGCCAAUAGCAGUCCAAAAAGCUCUAGGCUUGAUGUUUCCUAUUCCAUUGCCUUCGACAAUCUUUUUGCACCCCCUUUGCCUGUUUCAGGGCCAAAGAGGCCCUCAUUUUCAAUUGGGAAGUGACUAGAUUAUCACUUUUUGCUUGGAAAAUUAGUUUUAAAAGUUCAGGAAGUUAAAAUGACCAGUAGCACCUCCAGAAUCCGUUGCUAAGUGCUAAAGCCCAUUGUGAAGCCAAGAAAAAAAAAUAACCCACCACUUAAUUUUAGGAUGAUGGGUGUCACAGAAGGAGCUUGGGAUUGUAUGCAUCCACAGGCAGCACUUUCUUGACACUUGAGGGGAUCACCUUUUUUUAAAAAAAAAAAAAACCUCAACUAAUUGUAGUCAUAGAACAUAAUUUAGAUGAGCAUUUGUUCUCCAAAAUACAAACUAUUAUUGAGACAGUAUUCACAUUGUAACAUUAAAUAGUUAAAAACACUAAUGCAUUUACUGCGACAUAAAUUGGGUGGAGGAAAACAGAAAAGGGGAAAUAGCAGAGGACUACUGCCAGUACUGCUCUGUUCUUCCCCCUUUUGUUAAACAUUUUUCACAAGUGAAGAAAAAAAAUUAGUAGAAUUGGUGAAAUGUUCCUGAAAAUUCAUACUGUUCAAUUUAAGACAGUAAAUGAAUGUGUAUUAGAUGUUAAAUAGAAUUUUGUAUGUUUUCUAGUCCAUCAUAUAAUAUAUAUAGUACCUUUGCAAUCUAAGUCAGAUUUAUAAAUAUUACAUAAAUGUCUGUAAUUCCUACUUGAAUUCAGUGAGAAAUCUCACUUUAAAAAAGUAUGAAGCCUGUUUUAGCCUUUGCUUUAUUUGCUAGUUAGCAAGACACAUUUUUAAAAAGCAAAGGUUGAUAGUAGAGGUGAGUAUUGAUUGGCAUAAAGAUGUUGAACCUCACAUUUUCUUUGCACUGAUAGCUGCACAGAUGAAAACUUGCACUCAACAACCCCUUGAGUAAAUGUACUUAUUCCUGCGACUGUUAUCUGUUAUGGUCUAUGCUUUCCACUGUGGAUUUUUUUUUAAUGUGGUGCUCUUUCCAUUUUUAUACAUAAUGCCUUCAGAUGGUUAAAUCAAGGUGUUCUUUCUUUAUUAUAACAGAUUGUUUUCAAAUUGAUUGUUUUUGUUGAUAAACAAAAAUGCUCCAACUGUAGUAUUAGUUUUAUUCUCACAUGUAAUUGGAGGCAUAUUCACACCAUCAUUAGUUUUCUAAAGUGAUUUUUUCUCAUCUAUAAGUUGUUUUGUUAACAGUGUUAGCUGCUUACUCCCAGGUGAAUGUGUGUGUAUAAGAUUUCAUCAUAUAUAUAUAUAUAUAUAUAUAUAUAUAUAUAUAUAUAUAUAUGUAUGUAUGUAUGUAUGUACCUGGAAGUAUGUCCCAUUGGACUGUCUGGGAUUUACUUCCAUGUAAAAAGGACUGUGCUGUAAAUUAAUUUUGGAGCAACUAAAAUGAUAGUGUGUAAGACAGAAAAGAUCUAAUAUAAAUCCAGUUGCACAAUGGGAGAUAUAAAUGUAACACUAAGACCUAGUUUGAAUGCAUAAGCAACAGGGAACUCCCUCCUGUACUCUUUAUUUAGUAGAGUCUUGGGGAGACAGGAGCUUGCCAUUUUAGAUUAACUCUAGUUUAUUGUUAUAUCCAAGAAUGACAAACUGCAGCUAGGUUAAACUAUGGUUUGCUAAAGCAAGAUAGGCUCAGGUAUCUGAUCCUAAAGUAUAAUUUAAACUUGAGUUUAUUCUAGUUCAGGAUGAAUGACUAAGUGCAGUUAGAAUAAAACAGAAUGAAAUUGCUCCCAAUAACCUUCUCAUGCUUGCUCCAGAUGUGAAAUACUCCUUCUUGAAAUGUAUAGCAUUAAGCUUUAUUCUCUUAUGAUGUAAUAAAUUACAGUUUCAACCAGCCCACAUGGCUAUGGUUUGAGGGCCCAUCUACAUGGGCCACAUACGUUGGUGCAGAUCCAUAGUGAGAUACUCCAGAUCGACACCACAGAAGACUGCAUGGCCAGCUGCUGAACCAGCAGUGUCGGCUGGAUGGACCACAUGGCCCAGUGGUGUCAAAUCUGGUUCAGCACCACUGGACAACCAGUCAUACCUUCCCCCUCUUGGCUUAGCAAUGGCAUUGGCUUCGCAGUGACUACCAGGAGCUUAUCAUUCAUUGCAUCUGUUAAUAUUGGCUCGAGCUACAGAGCCCUGCAGGAGAAGGAAGAGGGGGAAGAAGGAAUCACAUUCUCCUUUCCCCUCCACCAAUUGCUCUGUUUAGCAUCAGUGGAGGUAAUAAGUAACAACCACCAGCAAUUUUGCACCUGGUGAUCACCACUAAGCUGAGGACAAGAAGGGGAAGGUGCCAUCCUCUAAGCAGGAUGGGCAGUUCCAAAUAGAAACCGGACCAACUGUUGACACCACCACAAAGUGCCAAAGACUUUUUCUAAAUUCAAGACAAGACUGCAUUAAGUAGUCCUGGUGGGCAUAAAGGCAAAUGGGUCCCAUGAAUCAUGUGGAUGCCAUGGAGUUCAUUCAUCCCACCCUGCCUCAUGUAGAUGGGCUCUGAGCUGACUAGAAGUGAUAGGAUUUAAUGUUCAACACAUUUGGAAGGAAUCAGGUUGGGAAAAGCUAAAUUAGCCUCAUAUCUGAUGAUGUUGUUAUGCAGCCUACUACCGUAUGGGUUUACAAAUAAAUAUUAUAUGUAUAUUUACAUUGAUUAUAUGUAAAGAAUACAACUCUUGAUAGCCCCUCCUAAGCAAAUUCACUUGGACACAACUUCUGUUGAAACCAAUAGGACAGUGGUUCUCAGCCUGUGGAUCCCCAGAUGUUUUGGCCUUUGACUCCCAGAAAUCCUAAUAGCUGGUAAAUUGGCUGGGAUUUCUGGGAGUUGUAGGCCAAAGCACAUGGGGGCCCACAGGUUGAAAACCACUGCAAUAGGACAUAUUUAGGAUUGAGAUGCAAGUCUAUGAAGUGAGGAUUGCCAUCCUUACUUGCCGUGUCCUGCUUUUCCUCACAGGAAAUACUGAAAAGGGAGAUACUGAAAAGUUGGACCAGUUUUUAAGGGCAUCAGUGGUAAAUUGCAUUCUAGAUCUUUGUAUGGAAGGGGCUAUGUGGUCCUUUUGCAUGGAAGCCAGCAACCAAGAAGGGAACGAUGUGUCCUUCCUAUUCAGCAACGUACUUCAAUUGCGCGAUGUUAAUGUUGUCAAAUCAGCCCUGUGGUCAUGUAAGCUUUCACGCCUCAGUCAAAGAUGUUAUACACAUCAUGCAGAAGUGGCAAUAAUGAAAGAUGCCAAAUGCUCUAUAUUUGCUAUAAAAACCCUUCCUUGGCUCAUUCCUUGGCUGUUCAUGAAAAUAUGAUUCAGUCUCUAAAUGAUUUCUAACACUUGAAAAACAUGACUAGAAGGUAUUUUGAAUUCUGUUCAACAAAGAUUUUCUGUCCACAAAUUGAACAUUGACUUUUCUAACUUAGGAGUUCUUGCAAAUCAUUGCAUUCUUGUCUUUAAACUAACUCUGCCACUGUUUUCUCACUCUCCCUCGCACACACAGUGGCACAGGUGCACACGUACAAAUACACACUUUGUGUUUGUGUAGUUUUAUGUGUGCUUCAAUUGUGCAUAAAUAAGGUUAAGGUCACUCUUUUCAUGUGGAUUUCAGUAUUUUGCCACUUAACAUAAUUUACAAAACUGAACUGAAUAUUGAGUGCAUUGUCUUGAAAAAUAUGUGCCAAUCUGGAAGUACAAUCAGUUGGUUUUAUUAUGUGCAAGUUUCCACACUUUAUAAUGCUUAUUUAGAGAUAUCUACAUAUCUGUCUGUAUAAAGGGAACACCUGAUUUAACUGUCUACUGAAUGGUGGGAAGAUUUUGGCCAUUUAGCCCCUUUCUACACUGCCAUAUAAUCCAGAUUAUCAAAGCAGAUAAUACACAUUAACUGCUUUGAACUGGAUUAUAUGAGUCUACACUGCCAUAUAAUCCAAGUCAAAGCAGAUAAUUUGGAUGGUUCAUUUCUGAAAGGGGAUACAAGCAAGAGGGUCUGCAAACUCUUUGCAAUGGCAAGUCUCUACUGUCAAGAGCAAAACGAGUCCCUUCUUUUGCAACAAAAAUACUUUUUGAGGGAAGCAACAGCUCCUAUGGGAGAGCCUGAAGUAACAAAAGGCAACCUUUGGCCAUCUACUUCCAGAAUUUCCAGAAAUCCCAACCUAUAGUAAGGGAUAAUGAGUUGUAAUCCAAAACACCUGGAAGGCUAAUGGUUCCCCACUUUAUUUUACCAAAAAAAAAGUAUACAGUAUUUGAUACUGAAGAUUUCAGGAUACAGGAUGGGAUCUAACAUAGUGCAGAUGGAAAGCAUCUUUGUGCAACCGGUCUUUCUUUUGUCUCCCUUCAUGCUGUAGUACCUCUGGUUCUACACACACACACACACACACACACAACAUCACUCCAGAGGAUUGAGAAACAUGCUGAAUGUCAUCAGCAACACUUCACAGAACUACAGUAGGAUGGACAAAUCACUACAUAAACCUUGUGUAACCAGAGUAAGAUUCUUCUGGCCCAUUUGGGGUGAUUUAUCCUUUCCUGCUGCAGUCCUGUAAGACACAACCCACAAUUAACUGUCUUCAGAAUUCACUAGAAUAUCCAGAGUGGGCUGCAAAAGAAGGGAAUCAAUUGAUAGGUAGCAAGAACUUUCCUCCCCUCAAACAAAAUAUCAUUUGAAACUGUUCCUGAAUGUUCAUCUGUGCACACACCUUCUAUUUAUACAUAUCAUCUCAUCCUCUAAAUCUGUAGUUGCUGAGCUAUUCCAAUAGAAGACUGUGUACUUUUUAAUAGCCUUGAAAAUUAUUUUGUAUGAUGAUUUUUUAAGUGAAUGUGCACUCUUCAAGAAAUUAAAGCUUGAGAUUUUCCAGGAGUCACAUUUUUAAACAGUGUUUGUAUACAUUUUAACACUUUUGUAUUUUCUAUUUUGGUUUUAUAUAUUUUUAUGUAUGCACAGUGUACAGUUUUUUCUUGUAAAUAAAGUUUGUUUUUUAUUUGCAUAGAAAA